GACGUGAGCACUGGACUGCGAGUCCCGGGACCUCAGUCCUACUCGGCCCAGUGUCCUCUCUGGCCACACGGAAGCCAGCGGAGAAGCCCACCCCCCUAUGGGCCGCAUAAGGGUUAAGUGAGAUCACGUGCGCACCAGGCCGAGCUCCGCACCUUGAGCCCGUCUGUCCUCAGGUCCUGUCUUGCUCAGGGCAUUUACCUAGGUCCAUCUGGGUGAGUCAGCUGACUGGGGAGCGGGCACCACCCUUCCCAGAGCAGGAACCUGGCUGGGACAAGGGCCACCCACUUCCAGACUCUCUCGGCAGUGACUGGCGGAGGACGCUCGGCAGCACCCAGCUGGCAGGGUGUUCCAAGGAGCAGCUAUGUCCACCCUAUACCCAUCCCUGGAGGACCUGAAGAUGGACCAAGCCAUUCAGGCCCAGGCCAGAGCUGCACCCGGAAUGCCUGCCCUGCCAGUCUCCCAGUCUCCAGUUUUGUACCCAAGCCUGGCAGAAUUGGAAAAUUAUAUGGGUCUUUCCCUCUCCAGCCAAGAAGUCCAGCAGAACCUGCUUCAGAUUCCAGAAGGUGCUAGUAUGGUGGGCUCUGGCUCCUCGCUGGGCCAGCUGGUGGCACCACUGUCUGGGAACAGCCUUGGCACACGGCGUGCGGAGAUCAAGCCUGGGGUGCGUGAGAUCCACCUGUGCAAGGAUGAGCAUGGCAAGACUGGGCUGCAGCUAAAGGCCAUUGACCAGGGGCUCUUCGUGCAGCUGGUGAAGGCCAACAGCCCUGCGUCUCUUGUGGGGCUGCGCUUCGGGGAUCAGAUCCUGCAGAUUGACGGGCGUGACUGUGCCGGGUGGAGCACGGACAGAGCCCACCGGGUGCUGAAGAGAGCAUCGGUGGAGAAGAUCGUCAUGGUCGCUCGGGACAGGCCCUUCCAGCGGACCGUCACCAUGCACAAGGACAGCAUGGGCCACAUUGGCUUUGUCAUCAAGAAGGGGAAGGUUAUCUCUGUGGUCAAAGGGAGUUCUGCGGCCCGCAACGGGCUCCUCACCAACCACGCCGUGUGCGAGGUGAACGGGCAGAACGUCAUCGGGCUGAAGGACAAAGAAGUCACAGAGAUUCUGGCCAUGGCCGGGAACGUUGUCACCUUGACCGUCAUCCCCACUGUGAUCUACGAGCACAUGGUCAAAAAGUUGUCCUCGACCCUGCUCCACCACGCCAUGGACCACUCGAUCCCAGAUGUAUGAAGCCAGGGGAGGGCCGCUCAGCCGGCCCACUCUCCCACCCUCCUGCAGGAAAGGGCAGAGUCAUCGGAGGACAGGUGUGGGGGGAGGCCGGCUGCCUGGGGCGGGGCGGUCCUGAGGGGCGCACGCAGACCUCCUCGGAGCCUCAGACUCGGAGAUGCACUAGGGCCCACAGGCAGUGACUCUCUGUGCGGUUGAAAUGGGUUGAAAUGCGGGGCACGUAGGCAAGCCGGCCAAAUGCUUCUUAAAGUUGCAGCUGGGUCCCUUGCAAGACUUUUGCUGCCUCUACCAGAAAAACAGUUUCACGUUUUGAGAGAACACGACCUCGUUCUUUGUGAGAAUUUUUUCUUUUCCCCUUGCGGGCUGUGUGUCACAAACUGUACAUAGUUACAAUCCUUCACUUCUUUUGAAUAAAGAUUUGCUUUUAAAUACAA